UGGAGCUCAUUUCAAAUUGGAACGUGUUUCGAAGUGGUUUACUGAAUUUUUCCGACGCGGAGUUCCAUCCAGAAAGCAUGGCACGGUUGGUUCUAAAACUACUGCUUUUUUCGGUGGUGUUCUGUGAAGUACGAGAAGCGAUAGCCCAAUCGGAUGUGGAAACGGAUAUUCCGGUGCGAAGUUUGAUUGGACCGGAAGCGUUGUUGCAAAGAUUGGACAAACUGCUAGAUGUGUGCAUCGAGAACUAUGAAGAUCUUACAACGGAUUUGCUGCUUGGUGUUGCGAUUGCUAGUGGUCAAAUGAAGUCAAUACUAAUGAGCUCAAACUUGGAGAAUCGAUCAUUCAUAGAAAACCUCAAGCAAAAAUGCGACUAUGUGGAAAGCCGUAUAAACAGUAUUUUCUCCUUCCCAAGUUCUGCAAAUGCCAUAGUUAGUAAACUUCUAAUAAAUUCAAAUUUCUGGAAAAAGGACGAGAGCAUCGGGUAUAGCAACGCCGCGCAACACUUUUUGAGCUUUGAUAGCACUGACGUCGUUACACCAUCUCGCAAAAAAUUACAUGGCGGCCGCCAUACGUUACACAGUUAUCUACGCGCGCUGGAGCUUGGUGCUCCCAAUGAAUUACAGUCAGACAAAUGCUUAUCUGAGCUACUUGUAAAUGAAUCGGAAAAUGAGUUCGAAAUAGCCGUGCCGGCUGGCGAGUCAUCGCAUCCCAAACCGCUCCUGCUGAGUCGUGAAUGCAGCAAUGCAAUGUCUAUUCGCAGGAAAUCCUACGGUUAUCAUCUGACUCACAAAUUACUUUUCUAUCUGGUUUUGGGCAAGGAACGCUUCAGCAACAUCCAACAGGAGUUGAUCGUGACCGCCAAAGACAAACUAUGCGAGCAAGUGCUACGAGAAUCGCAGUUGAUCGCAGAUUUGGAUUAUCCGGAAAUUUUCCGCGACCUAUUCAUGGAGCAGGUGUUCCUAUGUGCGUACGUUGGAUAUGACGAGUUUAGGAAUCAAUCGUGGCUGGGCGAAAUUGUGAGCUGGCAAAAUGGCGCUGGAUGUUUCAAGUACUACCGGGAUGAGAAUUCUGUCGGGGAGAAGGCGUUGAAUAAGCAUUGUUCCUCUCAUAUGACGGGAGUGGGGGCAGCGGUUUUAGGACUUUUUGCCCGAUUGCAGUUGGUUGGAUAAGUAUGGACAAUCUCCGAGUUGAAGUUGUAUAUGUGGUCAAUGUUGAAUAAAGUACAUAGCUUUGAAUAUAAUGU